UCGCGUGAUCCUGGAUGCAUGGCGUCCUUGGGGUCGGUGACCGCGGCUCUGCGGGUGGCUGAGGUGCUGGAAACUAUCGCAAGCCGCUGCGUGGGGCCCGAGGGCGGGCAAGUGUUGUGUACGAAGCCCACCGGCGAGGUGCUGCUGAGCAGGGAUGGAGGCUGCCUCCUGGAGGCGUUGCACUUAGAGCAUCCCUUAGCCAGGAUGAUAGUGGCGUGUGUUUCCAGUCACCUUAAAAAAACAGGAGAUGGUGCUAAAACGUUUAUUAUUUUUCUUUGCCAUUUACUCAGAGGACUUGAUGCAAUCAGAGAAAAAGAAAAAGAUUCAUUCACUUCUGAAAAUACUCAGACCCACGAAAGACAUUGGAAAAACUGUUGCCAGUGGAAAUCUAUUUCUCAGGCCCUACUGACGUUUCAGACACAAAUACUAGAUUGUAUUGUGGAUCAGUAUCUAAGCAGGCACUAUCUGUCUGUCUUUGCUUCGUCUGCUAAAGGAAGAACUCUGUGCAGGCGCUCUUUAGAGUCACUCCUGGAAGCUUACUUUUGUGGGAGAGUGGGAAGGAACAAUCACAAAUUCAUUUCGCAGUUGAUGUGUGACUACAUUUUCAAGUGCACAGCCUGUGAAAGUGCAAUUGAAGUAUUUGAGUUGAUGGACAGCUGUUUCCUCGAGUUGAGUGUUGGUGUGACAGGCCUUCCUAUUUCGGAUUCUAGAAUUAUAGAUGGCCUUGUGCUUCACCGAGACUUCUCUGUGUAUUGUCCAGCAGAUGGGGACAUAAGAAUGGUGAUGGUAACAGAAGUCCUCCAGCCUCUGUUUUCAUCGUCACAAUCAGAGUUUAUUCUAGAUUCCAAAGCGCAGUUUCAGGCCUCUCAGUGUUGGAUCGUGAAAAGGACAAAAGCAGUAAUGAAGCAUUUGCAUAGACAGAACAUAAAACUGCUCCUAUCCAGCGUGAAACAGCCAGACCUAGUUAUUUAUUGUGCUAGACUCCAUAGCAUAUCGGUGGUGGAGUGCUUGUCAUCUGAAGAGGUUUCUCUUGUCCAGAGAAUCACUGGCUUUCCUUCUUGUGUUCUACCACAGGUCCCUUCACAGGGUGAAAUUUCUGAUACGACUUUGGUGAAGUUUUGUAAACCUCUCAUCCUGAGAUCCAAAAGGUAUGUCCAUCUUGGCUUGAUUAGCACAUGGGGGUUUAUGCCUCACUCUGUGGUCCUUUGUGGACCAGUUCUCGGUCUUGUUCAGCAACACCAGAGUGCAUUCCAUAGAGCUUUUAAGAUGCUUAGACAAUUGUUUACUGACCUUGACCUAAAUUAUGCCAUACAAGCCAACGACCAGUGUGACUCAAAUCCUCUUGCUUAUAACAACAGCAGAGAACGUAAUCACCUACCAGAAAUUGGUAAGUAUUGGAACACAACAGUAAAGAGUGAAAAUAAAUUAGAAAACACUCAAACACAUUUAAAAAUGUAUUCAAAUGCGGUGACUUCAGAUACAGAAUUAAAAACACAUGUGCCAUGGUCUGCACACAAGGGGACACCAAUAAACACAUCUCAAACCAAUGGAAUAUUGAACUUCUUGUCUCCAGAAAAAAACUGGAUAACCGAUGACUGUGAACUGUUAAUUGAGAGUAAUUCCACCAGAAAUCCUUCAGCAGAAGACACUAGAACAAAUGAAAAUGUACAGGCCACAAAUAAUCCCAGAAAAGAAUACACAUUGCCGUUGAUAUACAAGUCCCUAGAAGCAUGUACUUCCCGGGGUUAUUGCUCAUCAACUAUACCAGCAGGCAGUGUUCUGCCAGUGGGUGGUAACUUUGAGAUCUUGUUGCAUUACUAUCUUCUCAACUAUGCCAAACAGUGCCGGCAAUCAGCUGAAGCCACGGUCAGUACCUUAAUGGCUAAUGCACUUUUAGGCCUUCCUAAAAUCCUUUACAAGCCUAAGAAGGGGAGGGACAGCUUCCCACAAAUAUAUUUGCGAUCUCGCCAUGCACUGCAAACCAGUCAAUCCAUGGUAAGUGGUCAGUCAGGCUUGGAGCCAGUAGCUGGAAAGUACCAGUUAAUAGCUUCAGUUAUUCAGUGUUUGGCAGAAAUACUAACCGUUGAUGUAAUAAUCAAUAUCAAGAGACAGCCUCAGAAAGUUGGUGAACAAGAUUCGGAUGAUGAACUUGAACCCUAAGCUUUUUGUUGCACAAACUUUGAAUCUGGGGCCAGGGAGAAGGCAAACCAAGGACCUGUGUUCAGUGCCCAGAGCGCAGUGGGUGGAAGGACAAAAUGAGGUCUGGAGGAUCGUUCUGUAUCCUACAGUCACAUUCACAGAUGCAAGCACUAAACAUUAUGGAAAAGAUGUAUUCAACUCAAGCUAAAAAUUCAAACAGGCUUCUGACUCUGAAGUCAAUCCAGUCCUCACCCUAAAUCUACUGAAACCACCUGGCCAUUCAGACACAAAUAGCAGCUCUGUGGAACCAAACCUGGCUAAAUAUAUCUGUCUCAGGCCUGUGUUGGUCUGUGUCUAAGGGAGCAUGUCUGUAUUUCCUUUUUCUGUAUUUCUUCCCACUUCAUUUCCUUGAACACUCUAUUUCAUAGUCAUGUAAUCUCCUGACUUGAAAGAGAUCUCCAGACGCCAGCUCACAUUGUUUAUGAAUAUGAAUAUAAAAUGCUAAGGUUUUACUUAAAAUAGUUUUUCUGGGGGUAAAAUCUGUAAAACAGUAAAUAAAAAGUCAAAUCUCUGUAAAAGC